GUAGGUAUCUAUAAAUUCGGUAUAAUUAUUUAAUAAUUUAUUUUCGUAUGCAUAUUUAUCAAUUUAUAGGUAUAUCAUUUGUUGAUUACCUAUCUGUCGAACGGUGUCAAAUUAUUGGUUUUUAAUAAAGUAUUUUAAUACGAUUUUUUUCACUAUCGAAGUUAAUAGAGUGAUAUGCCACAGUCCGAGUAUUGGCCGUUUACGAGAAGCAGUAACGACAAAGAAAGUACAAUAACUGUAAAGAAUGAGGCAGAUAAGAAUCUUGGUGGAGAGCCGUCUGUAUUGCAAGAACAGGUUGGAGUUAUGGAGGGUGAGAUGAAGGAGAUACGAAUGCAGCUUGAUGCCAUCAGGCGUGAUCGAUUAUUUUUGAGUAGUCGGAAGCAAACAGAUCAGGAGCAAGUAGCCUCAGCGAAAGUUUGUAACUCUACCCCAGUUUAUAAGCCCGCGAUCACAUCUCAGGAUGAUCUAGAGUGCAGUGUGAAAGCACCUCAGAUGACCACACUUCGCGAAGAACUUAUAAGAGCUAAAAACACAGCAGACGAGGAACGGUUUCAGAAAGAGAAUUACGAAAGAAAACUCAAGGAUCUAGAACUGAAGAUUAACAACAUUUGCAAUACAGGAGUUAUGGAAGUUAAGGAUACUCGAAAAUUUCCCAGUGACGAAGUUGAAAAUCUGAAGAAGCAGCUAAGGGCUAUGAAAGAGGAGGUCGAGGAGUUGCAAACUAUGACCAAUGAGAAAACUGAUGAGGUUCAAGAAUAUCGAGUGAAAUAUCUUCAAGCACAACAGCAAGUUGAAGAGCUGAGGCGGGAAAUAGAUGUCAUCGAGUUUGACAACAAACAAGUGUCGGAUCAAAUUCAAAUUGAAAUACAAAAAAUGAAGAUGCAGUUUCAAGAAAAACUGCAAGAAUUAGCACCGUUACCUGAUCUACUGAAAGGUGCACAGAUUCAGUUGCAAGAAGCGAAACAAUUGCAGAAGUUGGCUGAAGGCAGCUCUGAACAAUUAUCCAGCGAACUGAACCGCGUAAAAGAGAAGCUCGUAAUAGCUGUUAACAAUUUAAAUGCUGAAAAAGCCGAAAGAAUCAAUGUGGUUGACGAAAACAACGCUUUAAGAGCUGAAGCUGAGAUAAGGCAAAAAGAAAUUGAGGAGCUAUUUCGUAACGUAAAUGAUUUUAAAUGUCAAGUGCUAAGGUUGGAAGAAAAGCUAUCCCAGCUAGAUCUUAGGUACCACGAGAAAGUAGCAGAACACGAAAAACUAGUUAAAGAUCACGAGGAGUUAAGAGAGGAAAGCAGUAGAUUUUUGACCAGAAGUAAAGAAAGGGCUGAGUCUAUGCGUCGUUAUAUGCAGACCCAGAUUUCGGAGCUAGAGAGGCAGUUGAUACAAACGAGAGCCCAAUGUAGAACGUUCCAGAAGGAAAGAGAUGAUGUACGUCAAAGAAUGCAAAUCCAGGUCAAUAACCUUCAAGAAAAUUUUGAACUUGUGGAAUUAAGACUUCGCGCCCUUCAAAAUCAAGUGACAGCCCUGAAAAAUAGUUAUGCCCACAUUUUGUCGGAUGAGGAUGCAGAAUUACAGAAAUCACCUCGACUAAGGGAAUAUUUAGAUGUGUGAAAUUAGGUAAUAGUUCGUAGGGUUGCCAGCAGUGGCGUGCACAGGGUAUUCGGCCAGGGUAUGCAUA